AUGGAUGAAUCCUUUCCCCUAACUGCAGAGUUGAUCAAUCGCAACUCGUAUGUUGAUGAUAUACUGUCAAGUGUAUCGACGGUUGAAAGGGCUAAGAGAAGUAUUGUAGAAGCUAAUGCAAUAUUAUCUCGGGGAGGAUUUCAGAUCAAGCACUGGGUUAUGUCAGGAAAUAAUCCAGCAGACUUAACUACAAGGCCUACACACCCUAUGCUUUUAGAUUCUGAUUCUUUAUGGCAGAAUGGACCCCCAUUUAUGUGUUUACCUGUUAGUGAAUGGCCCAUCAGCAUUCAUUCACAAGAUUGUAUGUUAAACACACAUCCAGAGAUAGAUCAUGCUGGUGUAGAGGUAACCUUAGCCAAAUUGCAAUCCAAGUUUUGGGUGCCUGGAGCCAGGAAACUUAUAAAGUCAGUGAAGGCUCGGUGUGUCAUUUGUCGUAAAUUGGCUAAGAAGACUGAAGAGCAAUGCAUGGGUCAGUGUCCAUCUGAGAGACUUCAACCCGCCCCACCCUUUUUUAAUGCAGCUAUUGAUUUGUUUGGUACAUUUAUUGUGAAAGACACGGUCAAGAGGCGCACUAGAAAAAGGGUUUAUGGGAUAAUCUUUAAUUGUAUGGUGAGUAGAGCUGUGUACUUAGAUUUAGCAGAGGGUUAUGAUACAGAGAAUUUUUUAAUGACAUUACGUAGGUUUGUCUCCAUAAGAGGAUUUCCAAAGCGUAUGCAUUCAGAUGGAGGCACACAGUUAGUAGCAGCUAACAAAGAAUUGCGAACUAUGGCCAGGAACUGGAAUAUGACACAAAUUUUAGAGUUUGGUAGUGUUUUCGGAAUGAGUUGGACAUUCAACAAGUCUGCAGAUGCUCCAUGGGAGAAUGGGUGCAGCGAAUCUCUGAUAAAGUCUGUAAAGAGAUGA